GAGCCUCACCCACCCAUUUCUGGAUUUGGGGAGUAUUAUAUAAGUAAGUGGUAGGUGUUUAGACUUGUGUACAGCAGUCUGUGUUUCAGCCGAGGAAGAGUUCAGACUUCAGUUUUGCUUCACAGGGAAACAAAGAGCCAUGGCUAGCAGGCAACUAUGGGGAGGUCUUACUGUUCUCCUGGCCUUCUUUGCACAUAUGAGUGCAGCAGCCCAAACUGUAAACCAGGAGCUGUCUAACAUAAUCUGUGACCUCUGGAAGUUGGACGCCAAUCGAUUGACACCUGGGACGGACUACAAGAUCUCACUGCAGGGUCGAGCUGGUUUUGUACCCAGAGGGAGCAAAUUCGUGGUCGAUCACGCUUCAUCUCCUCUCUUCUCCUAUGUGGACGAGAACAAACUGCAAUCCAUCACUACAUACGCAAGGUUCAUGAAGCUGCUGGAUAACUAUGAAAGGUCCACUGGUGUAACUGAGAAGGUGACUGAUGAAGAGAUUGCUGAGAAUAACGCUUUCCUGGAUGCUAUCUUAGACACAGCGGUCAUGAAGAGGGCUCACCAGUAUUUAGUUCAAAAGGGAAAAUCAAACUUAAGCCUGAGGAAGUUCAAGAGUCAGCUGCACAACAUCUGGUUCCGACUUUACCACAGAGAUCGGACUUCAGGAGCGGACUCCAGUGGCUUUGAACAUGUGUUUGUUGGUGAGACAAAAUCCGGCAGUGACAUUAUGGGUCUCCACAACUGGGUCCAGUUUUACCUCCAGGAAAAGCAGAAACUCCUUGAUUAUAAGGGUUACAGAGCAACAAGAAAUGACAUGCCGGAUGCAGAUGAUCACGUCCUGAAUGUGCAGUUCGGCUGGCAUGGCCUGCUGAAACCAGUGGGCAGUACUUUCAUUGGUGUCAGUCCUGAGUUUGAGAUGGCUGUGUUUACCAUCUUCUUCCUGACAUCCAAUGAGAAAACCAGCACUGCGGUGGUGAAUAUGGACCAGUACCAACUGGAGCUUGUUGUCAACAGACACGGACGCUCUAUCGGCACUUCCUACCCCAAGCUACUGAGCAGCAACAACAGACACAUAAUGAGUAACUGAGCUUUACUUUUAAAUGCUCAAUUUGUCUGCUUGUAGCAUUUGACAUUCAACUUGUUUUUAAUCGUCACAGACAUUAAACUAGACAUGACUUGAACUUUUUAGACUAAGCUGGCGUCUUUUAAAGACUACGGCAUGUAGCAUGUGUCUGAGCAAUAAGGACACGUUCAAGUAAAUUGUGAAAAGUUUAUCCGUGUAUUUGGAAAAAAAAAACCCUCUUAACUAAGAGCAUGUCAUUUGAAAAAUAUUGCACUAACUGUGUGAUUUGCAUAAUGGAUUCAACUCUUUUUAACCCUUGUUAUUAAAGCUAUAGCAAAGUAAAA